AUGGCACUUUCCUCGUAUACCGAUAAAAGCGGUAAAUCGUACAACUAUCACGAAAUAUUCAAAUCUGCUUCGAACAAUUUCAUCAUUCUCAGUCCGGAUAACGUCGCUUUUCGAGUGGACCCUAUCAAGCUUCAAGCUUCUAGCUCCGUCUUCCGUGAUAUGUGUUUGGUUUGUAAUCCCGAAAGCAACGAUCACCUCAACAUUGGAUCAGAAUCACGAGCUCUCUAUCUUUAUCUCUCAGCAGUUCAUGAUGGGUCCGUCAAGUUGGAAGCAGAUCAAUGGGACAUCUCCAAAGAAGCUAUCUCACUCUGUCGUGAAUUCGAUACUCCCAAAGCGGCAUUAAGGAUGUUGAAAGCUAUUCGACCGAUCAGCCUUUUCAGUGCCCAGCACGCUUAUGAGUUGUUUGAGUUAGCGGCAGAGUAUGAAGACGUUCUUACCGCUUUCAAAAUCAUCUAUUCUUUAGCAAGUUCAGCUGCAACGGAAGAUUUGAAAAUGUAA